AUAUUCAGAACCUACCUUCUAGGGCUUCAAAAUGUAGAGAGAGAAAAGGGAGAGUUUUUCGCUUCAAUCUCCCUCUCUAGACUCUGUUCCCCAGCACCUGAAGCAAAACCACCUCAACCCAUGCAUCUUCUCUGCAAUACAGCUUUCGGGUCUUCACAUUCCAAUUACAAAACUUAAACAUCUGCACAAAAAAGGUGUUAAUUUUUCAUUUGUAAGUAGUAAGCUCUUUCUUUUUCUAUUUCCUUCUUGUUUUCCAUUGAUUUUGUCAUCAGAUUCUCUUCAUACAACAAAAAGUGUCGUUACCCAAUUCGAGAUUGCUAUUUUUUUAAAAUCUUGAUUGAAUUGAAGAACAUAUAGUAUUUGUUUGGGGUGGGAGAGUUUCAUGGGGAAAUCUGGGGGUAGGAAAAAGAAAGGUGGUGUUAACCAAAACCAGGUUUCAGGAGCUAAUAACCCUAUACCAUAUGCUAAUGGUGGUGUUGAUUUGAACUCUUCAAUUUUAUUGAAAAGAGCCCAUGAGCUCAAAGAGGAAGGAAACAGGAGAUUUCAAGCCAAAGAUUAUGUGGGUGCUCUUGAACAAUAUGAUAAUGCCCUUAAACUUACCCCCAAGACACACCAGGACCGAGCUGUGUUUCAUAGCAACAGAGCGGCUUGUUUGAUGCAAAUGAAGCCCGUAGACUAUGAAACUGUGAUUUCUGAGUGUUCUAUGGCGCUUCAGGUUGAGCCCAAAUUUGCCCGGGCCUUACUUCGUAGGGCUAAGGCAUUUGAGGCUAUUGGAAAAUAUGAAAUGGCGAUGCUAGAUGUGCAGGCUCUAUUGGGUGCUGAACCAAACCACAGGGAUGCUUUGGAGAUUGGACGGCGAUUGAGGACAGCUCUCGGGCCCCAUCACGAGGCCCAGCUGGACCUCCAAAGCCGCCCUUCUCCGGCGGCUCUAGGGGCUUCUGUGGUACGUGGAGCACCGGUUUCUGGUAUUGGACCAUGUUUACCAGCAAGGCCCAUGCCAAAGAAGGCAGCAGCUUCGGCACUUGGGCCAGUUGUAUUGCCAAGUGAUAAUAAGCCGGAUAAGCCACAACUGGUUCCGCUUGCUGAAAGUGGCCCUAAGGUCAACAACCACUUACCAAAGCUUGCUUUGAAGCCUUCAAAUGGUUCUACAAAAUCCAAUGCGACUAAGGGUAACCAAAAGGAACAGGCAACUUCAUCCGUGUCCCUGGCAUUGGAGACUGCAGUUAAGUUGAGGCCACUGAAGCUUGUUUAUGAUCAUGACAUAAGGCUAGCCGAAAUGCCUGUGAAUUGCAGCUUUAGAGGGUUAAGGGAGAUUGUAAGCAAGCGCUUCCCACCUUCAAAGUCAGUUUUGAUCAAGUACAAGGAUAGUGAUGGUGAUUUAGUAACUAUAACAUGUACUAAAGAACUCAAGUUGGCAGAGUCGUCUGUUGAUGGUGUUAUUGUAGAAGAUCCUGAGACAGACAAAGUCGACUCAGUUGGGAUGUUGAGAUUGCACAUUGUUGAUGUGGGUCCGGAGCAGGAGCCACCUAUACUGGAAGAGGAGGAGGAGGAGAAGUCUCUAACUACUGAGGAGAUAAAAGGAGAUGAGAGUGGUUCACAUUCUUCUCUGGGUGAUUCUACCAUGGAAAGUGUGGAUACCGAAAUAGAUAAGCCAGCAAAGGAACCUCCCAAGGAAAAGUCUGGAGCUUUAGAGGACCCUGAGUGCAAAGAAGUGGAGAUGGACGACUGGUUGGUUGAAUUUGCUCAGUUAUUCCGGAGCCAUGUGGGUAUUGACCCAGACGCCCAUAUUGAUUUGCAUGAACUUGGGAUGGAGCUGUGUUCAGAAGCCCUUGAAGAUACAAUAACCAGUGAAGAGGCCCAAAGCCUUUUUGAUAAGGCUGCCUCAAAAUUCCAGGAGGUGGGGGCAUUGGCUUUCUUCAAUUGGGGCAAUGUACAUAUGUGUGCCGCAAGGAAACGGAUUCCCAUUGAUGACUCCGCUGAAAAAGAGUUGGUGGCAACACAGCUUCAGGCAGCUUAUGAAUGGGUGAGAGAAAAAUACUCUCUGGCCAAAGAGAAGUACGAGGAAGCAAUGAAGAUUAAACCUGAUUUUUAUGAGGGGUUACUUGCUUUGGGCCAGCAACAAUUUGAAAUGGCAAAACUUCAUUGGUCCUAUGUAGUGGCUAAGAAAGAUGAUCUCUCAAAAUGGGAUCCUAGUGAAACUAUUGGACUUUAUGACAGUGCAGAGGAGAAAAUGAAAGCUGCUACUGAGAUGUGGGAGAAGGUGGAGGAGCAGAGAGCUAUUGAGCUAAAAGAUCCAAGUGCAAACAAGAGGGAAGAAGUGAAAAGAAAGAAACAAGGAAGUGGUAACGAAGGUGAGUCCUCUGGGAACAGUGGUCGAGGAGAGAUUUCAGCUGUUGAAGCAGCAGAACAGGCAGCGAUGAUGAGAUCACAGAUACAUCUGUUUUGGGGUAACAUGCUUUUUGAGCGUUCUCAAGUUGAAUUUAAACUGGGGUUGGAUGUUUGGAAAAAGAACAUGGAUGAUGCUGUUGAGCGAUUCAAGCUUGCUGGGGCUUCUGAUGUCGACAUUGCAACCGUUUUGAAAAACCAUUGCUGUAAUGAUGAUGCAGUUCAAGGGGAUGACAAGAAAGUUGUGAAACUAAGUGAUGACGUGGCUGAUAAGGCAGAUAAAAAUGCUGACGCAAGUGAAGUAGUGGUAGAGUGAAGUUCGUUAAUGUGCUUGGCGCCUUCAGUUAGUUGGCUGUGCAUUUUCUCCUGAUUUUUGAGUUUUGAUUGGAGAGAGGCGGUGCUUUUUCUUUCAACGUAAGGCCAGGCUAUUGGAUUUUUUUCCCCUUUAAAAAUAGAAAGCCAGAAACUGUGUACUCACCCAGAAAGUACGAGCUUGAAUUUUACCUGGUCAAAGAACAUUAGUUUUGCAGUAUUUAUGAGUUUUUUAAGAGAAAUAUUAAGUGCUUGGGUGUUGGGACAAGCAUUUUGGCUUAACUUUCUAUUCUAAUUGAGGGUUGGCUUUUGCA